GCGCCGCCAGCUCGUCACUCGGAGCGCCCGGUUGCAUCUCGUCAGCAUGCUGCCAGGACACUGGCUCGUCCUCCUCUGGAGCUUCACGGAGAUUGAGCGGACCGACUCAGACUCCCACACUCUGGAGUUCAUCUUCACCGCAAUCUCUUCAUCUGAAGAUCUUCCCGAGUUCAUGUCUGCUGUGAUUCUCGAUGGCCAGCAGAUCAGUUAUUAUGAUAGUAAGAGCCGACAGAUAUCCCAUAAGCAGACCAGGGUGAAACAGAAAAUGUACCAGUUUAAUGCCCACUCUUCGGGAGUUUGCUUAAGUGUGGAGAAUCUAUUUAAAUCCAAAUUACAAGCGUUGGUGAUGAGGAGCAACCGCUCAUCAGGCAUACAUGUACUCCAGAGGUCACUUGGCUGUGAUGUGGAGAAUGGUGUACUGAAGCAAGGGUUUUUGCUUUAUGGCUACAAUGGGGAAGACCUCAUAGGCUUUAGUAAGGAUCGUCUACAGUGGUUUCCAGCAAUCCCAGAGGCGUACUUCCUAAAAAGUGAAUGGGACAAAGACAGAAUGAGUAAUAAAGAUUACAAAGAUUUCUUGGAUUCUAAAUGUGUGGAGAUACUAAAAAAACAUGUGGAAAAUAAGAAAAUCCAGGAAGUUACCCCGGAAAUUAAAGUAUUUUCACGGAAAACAGAAGAUGGACAGAGAGUACGUCUGACUUGUCUAGCAACUGGCUUUAACCACCAAAACAUAAAGAGCAGCUGGUAUAGGAAUGGAGCACUACUAUGGAAUAAAUCUCAGUCUGCAAAAAUCCUGCCAAAUGGUGAUGGAACCUUUCAAAUUCGGGAUACUCUAGAGAUUGACCAUGCGGAUAACAAUAAUUACUCUUGUGAAGUUGAACGCUCAACUGUGGAAUUUGAGCGAAGAAUCUCCUCUGAAAAAAGCGUCCAAUCAGAUGCGGUGACUGCAGCAGUUGUGGGGAUGGUGGUGCUGGGAGUAGGAGUUGCAAUUGUAUUACAUCUAAGGCAAAGGAUGAAGGGGAGUGGCCCAAAGAAUCCUUUUGAAACCAGUCAUGCUGGGCAAAGUGACCCCAAUGGUAAGAAAUAA